CUCCCACCCACAACACAACCAUCCAGCAAAGCAACAGAGAGAGACAGCGGAAGACGCGGAGCCAGCCACCGCGUGAGAACAGCGAGCGAGCAGGCCAGCGAGCUCAACGACCGCCGCCACCGCCACGAUGUGGAGCUCCGACUCCAACCGCGACCAGUCCGCGUCGACGACGGCGGCCACCUCCUCCCUGUCCUCCUCCUCAAGCUCCCUGCAGCCGCAGACGCCCCCGCCCCCCCGCCGCCGACGCAGCCGUAACCGCCGCCGCGCCCACCGCCGGGCCAAGAACGGCCCGGAGGCGGAGGUAGAGGAGGCGGAGGCCGAGGAGGUGUGGUGCGGCGCGCAGUGGGAGGCGGCGUGGCCGCGGAGGGCGCGGCCGGUGGUGCUGGCCGGGGAGGACGGCCCGCCGGACGGCGCCGGACCGGGCGCGGGGGACUCCGGCGUGGGGCGCGCCAGGAGCCUGACGGACGACGACCUGGAGGAGCUCAAGGGGUGCGUGGAUCUGGGGUUCGGCUUCAGCUACAACGAGAUCCCGGAGCUGUGCGGCACCCUGCCCGCGCUCGAGCUCUGCUACUCCAUGAGCCAGCGGUUCCUGGACGAGCACCAGCCGUCGUCCAAGGCCGAGGACUUGGCCCCGGAGCCGCCGGCGGUCGUGCCUCCUUCGCCGGUCCAGCCCAUCCCCAACUGGAAGAUUUCCUGUCCCGGCGACAGCCCGGAUGAGGUGAAGGCGAGGCUCAAGUACUGGGCGCAGGCGGUGGCGUGCACCGUCAAGCUCUGCAGCUGAUCAACCGCGUCAUCAAAUCAAUCCCGCGGACGCAGGAAGACGAAGCCAACUCAUACUCGCAACAAGGCGGCAACCCAAUUCAGUUCAGGCGACCAAUGUGCACGAGAGCACGCCAUCUGCCGGAAUCGCAUGGAAAUCACAUUACAUUGCAUCAUCGCCGUCAUCAUCACGAUCAGCAGAACGAAGGGUGCACGCAUCAUAUUGGAUGGCAGGACGCGAUGAAUCGAAGAGGAUGCGAGAGAGGAUGAUUUCAUCGGCCGGCCAUUUCCAAAGCUGCACUCACACAUUACUAUGAAUCACUGAAUUCCCGUUCGAAAGAAAAGUCACUACGAAUCCUUGAUCCAAAACCGUGGCUAAUUCAUUCAUGUAAACACACAAUGUUGUAGUACUACUAUUCUCAAUUCAUUGGAAAUAAUAAUAAUCGGUCUCGUGCUGA